AUGUCGUCGUCUAUCGAACAACUAUCGAAAAGUUAUAAUAAGCUCCAAGCAGAACUAUCCGAACUUGUCAGUUCAAGGCAGAAAUUGGAGACGCAGUAUGAAGAGAAUAAGAUUGUAAAAGAGGAGUUCGAUAAGUUGAAAAAAGAUACUAAGAUCUACAAGCAGAUUGGUCCUGUUUUGAUGCCACAGGAUGAGACUGAAGCUAAGAUGAAUGUGGACAAGCGUCUUGAGUUUAUCGGGGGAGAAAUUGAGCGGGUUGAAAAGAAGAUUGAGGUUGAACAGGUGCAGUUCUCUAAAGCCAGGGAUGAGUUGGUCAAAGCUAGAACGGCACUGAUGCAACCGGCAGCCAAGGCGUCCUAA